AUGGGUUACAAGAUAACUAACAUCUAUGUCAUCACCAUGGUGGCCGUCAUUGGCGGCGCACUAUUCGGUUUUGAUAUUGCCUCUAUGUCUGCCAUUCUUGGCACCCAGCAGUACAAGUGUUUCUUCAACCAAACUGGCACCAACUCGCAGGGGUUAUGUGGUGGCCCUACCUCUGCCAAUCAGGGUGGUAUCUCAGCAGCCAUGCCUGGUGGUUCCUGGGUUGGUGCUCUAGCUUCCGGUUUCGUGACCGACUAUCUGGGUCGCCGUGGGGCCAUCCGGUCUGGCUCGGUGAUCUGGUGCAUUGGUAGUGCCAUCGUGUGUUCAUCUUAUGGAAUAGCCCAGCUUGUCGUUGGCCGCUUCAUCAACGGCCUUUCCGUCGGUAUCCUCAGCGCCCAAGUCCCCGUCUAUGUCGCCGAGUUAGCCCAGCCCAGUAAACGUGGCCAGGUCGUUGGAGCACAACAGCCCCCUGCUUGGCGCACUCCAUGGGGUUUGCAGAUGGUUCCCGCCGUGCUGCUUUUCGGAUUGGUCUUCUUGUUGCCGGAGAGUCCACGUUGGUUGGCCAAGAAGAAUCGCUGGGACGAGGCUCACGAGGUUUUGGCUUCGGUCCAUGCCAAAGGUGACCGAAAUGCGCCCUUCGUGCAGGCAGAGCUACAAGAGAUCCGUGAAAUGGUCGAGUUUGAGCGCCAAAACAGCGAUGCCACAUACCUCGACCUUUUCAAGGGUCCCAUGCUCUACCGAACCCACCUCGGUAUGUUCACUCAGAUUUGGUCGCAGCUUACUGGUAUGAACGUCAUGAUGCUUUACAUUACCUACGUCUUUGGUAUGGCUGGGCUCACUGGAAACUCGAACCUUGUCGCAUCCUCGAUUCAGUACGUCAUCAACGUGGUGAUGACCAUUCUAGCUUUGCUCUUCAUUGAUCGUUGGGGCCGCCGAACUCCCCUUUUGGUUGGUUCUACCCUCAUGAUGGUGUUCAUGUUCGCCAACGCAGGAAUAAUGGCAUCGUACGGCAGGCCAGCUCCACCGGGUGGUCUCAACCAUACACCCGAACAGUCGUGGGAUCUCUCCCACGCCCCCAAGGCUGCCAAGGGAGUGAUCGCUUGCACGUAUCUUUUCGUUGCCAGUUUCGCCCCAACCUGGGGUCCUGUCAGCUGGAUCUACCCCCCUGAGCUCUACCCCCUUCGACUGCGUGGUAAGGCUGUCGCACUUUCGACAUCGUCUAACUGGAUCUUUAACUUUGCCCUAUCCUACUUUGUCCCUCCCGCUUUUGAGAACAUCAAAUGGAAGGUUUAUCUGGUCUUUGGGGUCUUUUGCUUCGCAAUGACUGUUCAUGUUUUCUUUGCCUUCCCUGAAACUGCUGGCAAAACCCUGGAGGAGGUCGAAACCAUGUUUACCACCCCUGGUCUUACCCCCUGGAAGACCACUGUGCAGUACCAUCAUGUUCGCAGGCUAGAGCAGGGAGCGAUUCAGUCAGACAAGACCGCCGAUAUUCACGCAGAGGAAGGAACCGCCCAAGGUCCCAAGUCCAGCGAGAAAGAGACCACUGUUUCGCAGAUUGAAUAG